GAAAAAAUGGGGUCUGUCAGGUUCAAUAUUACCUUUAUUCCUUUUAUCAUUUUAGAUAUAUCGAACAUCGUCGUCCACCAGCAAUUAACUCAAAAGGUGUUAAACAAAAACACACUUCUUCCUAUGGAGUCUACAAAUUUAAAUUGUCAGAAAGUACAAUGGAUGAAUUAGUUAGUUAUGCUAAAGUUGUUAUUGAUGGUCAUUUGGGUGCUAUAACUUUCAUCAACAAGGAUGACAGGACGAUAGAUGUUACUUUUGAGGAUAAUAAAGGCCAAAUUCUUUUUGAUCAACGCCAAAAAUAUACAAUUAAUAUCGAAUUUAAUGACCGUCAGUAUAGAUCUUUUUUGCGUUCAUUGGAGCUUCUUAAGAGUGGAAGGGCAAGAUUUACUAUUUUUCCAGACGCAGGAAAUUUGAUCUCUUAUGAGGAUUAUCAAAAAGAAUUUAAUUAUUACUUUGAGAAAAAGGUAUCCAAAAAAGUCUGCAGUCAAGUAGAAAAUAAAUUCGACAAAAUGCAAAAUCAGGCAAUUUAUUCCAUUGUUAGAGGAGUACAUGGAACUGUUCCUUUUGUAUUAUGGGGGCCACCAGGGACUGGCAAGACUGUUACAAUCAUUGAAUGUAUUAAACAAUUAUUGGAAAAGAAUCCGGCAAAUCGAAUUCUAAUUUGUACUCCUUCAAAUAUGGCAGCCGAUUUAAUUGCUAGACGGAUUUAUCAGAUGGGUAUACUUCCGGCAACUCAAAUGAGACGCUAUUACAGCCUUGGCAAAAAUGUUAAUGAUCGAGACAAGGAUUUGGACAAAAUAAUUAAAAUCGAAAAUUGCGCUUUGUAUGGAAUAACUGAUGAUCGUUUUGGUUUGGAUUCGUACAAGGAAAUUAUUCAACUAAACAUUCGUUUAAUUUUUUCAACGCUUGCUUGCUCUGCUUAUCUAGAAGAAAAUAUAACUGAACCAGAUUUCUUUUCGUUAGCUUUACAAAUUUAA